CCCUAAACAUCUGUACCAGGAUGGUGGUGGUGUUGGCAGUAAUAACGCGGGCAAAAAAAGCCUUGAACAAUUGUACCAAAAUGGCAGAGCUAGUAAUAAUAGGGGCAACAGCCCUGAACAAUCGUACUGGGAUGGCAGCAGUAGUAAUAUUGGGGGCAAAAGCUCCGAACAAUUGUACCGGGAUGGCAGUAGUAAUAUUGGGGGCAAAAGCCCUGAACAAUUGUAUCGGAGUGGCAGUAAUAAUAGCAGGGUCGAAAGCCCUGAACAAUUGUACCGGGAUGGCAAUAUUAAUAAUAGAGUUGAUAGCCUUGAACAAUUGUACCGAGAUAACGGUAAUGAUAGUAAUUCGGGCAAAAGCCCUGAACAAUUGUAUCGGGAUGGCGGUGGUAAUAAUAUGGGCAAAAGCCCUGAACAAUUGUACUGGGAUGGCGGUGGUAGUAAUGCGGGCAAAAGCCCUGAACAAUUGUACCGGGAUGACAGCGAUAGUAGUAAUACUGGUAAAUUUCUUUUUAUUGCGGUUUUUCCUUUAUUUU